CGGCGCCGGACACGCCAGCCGCGAGCAGACGACGCAGCAGACGACGUAGCAGACGACGCGGCGCCGGAAGUCCGGCGGCCUCGCGGGAAAAUGCGUCCGUGAGGGCGCCGCUUCGGUCAGUCUGCGGUUGGCACUGGGACUGGUCAGAAGCGGUCGCGAGAGGUCGAAUCACGGCGGACGCGUUCCAGUGUGCUAUGGAUCUGAGUCGCCACCGGCGAGCUUCAGUGGACGGCUUCAUCGGCAACCUCGAAUCCACUAUCGCACCUGCUGACGCCGGCGCCCCGGCCAGAACGCGCAAGACCGUCUCCCUGACGCUGAGCGUGACCGAGGACUUCGGCGCGGCGCUGCUUGCGCCGCCACUGCAAGAGCAAGGCGGUGAUAAUCAGGACAAGGGGGAGGGGGAGGGGGAGGUGAGGAAGACCGCCAAGAAGUCCGCCAUCGAGCGCAUCCGACAGAAGUGCGACAAGUUGGAGAGCCUGCUGCACUGGGGCCGCAGCAAGCCGGACAUGGAGAAGGAGAAAGAGAAGGACAGAAAGCAGAAGGACGCGCCUCGACAGCCCCCGCGCCCCGCCACGCCCUUGGUGCAGGUGGCGGCCAGGAACAGCCAGCCCGUCGGCCGCACCUUCGCCGCCCUCAACGCCGUCAACGCCGUCAACGGGCUGCGGGGCUCCACCGGGCGCGCGGACAGCGCCUCCAAGGCCACCGCCAGGGCCGGCACCGCGACCGCCAACGCGCAGGUGCGUGCCUCAUAUGGAAGGAACCAGCUUGCCCAAACGAACUACGGUGUAGGAGGUUUGGCCCUCGGGUUGCAGCUGUCGCCGGGCUGGGACGUGGUGGCGUUGGAGAUGGAGGUGCUGGGCCUGCGCAGGGAGCUGCAGGCGCGCAGGGCCGAGGAGCUGCGGCUGCGGCGGGAGAUCCACAAGCUGCGGUGUGCUAUGGAUCUGAGUCGCCACCGGCGAGCUUCAGUGGACGGCUUCAUCGGCAACCUCGAAUCCACUAUCGCACCUGCUGACGCCGGCGCCCCGGCCAGAACGCGCAAGACCGUCUCCCUGACGCUGAGCGUGACCGAGGACUUCGGCGCGGCGCUGCUUGCGCCGCCACUGCAAGAGCAAGGCGGUGAUAAUCAGGACAAGGGGGAGGGGGAGGGGGAGGUGAGGAAGACCGCCAAGAAGUCCGCCAUCGAGCGCAUCCGACAGAAGUGCGACAAGUUGGAGAGCCUGCUGCACUGGGGCCGCAGCAAGCCGGACAUGGAGAAGGAGAAAGAGAAGGACAGAAAGCAGAAGGACGCGCCUCGACAGCCCCCGCGCCCCGCCACGCCAUCUGGCGCCACUCUAUCCGCCGUGUUCCUUGCAGAGCAGCCGUUCCAGCAGCGCCGCCAGUAG